AUGAGAAGUGUCUGCCUUCUACUAAUGGUGACAAUCACUCAAGUUCAGCUGUCGUUGCUCUGCCCUUCUUCUUGUGUGGUGUGUUCUGAAGAUGUCAUCAUCUGUAAUAAACUCUUAAACAUAAUUGAUGCUCCAGGCUCUACUAAAGUUUUGAUGCUUACUGAUGGACUCAUUGAUUCUGUGGACAACAUGGUCCUCUCUGAAUUAUCCAACAUGAGUGUUCUGGCACUCAGCAACAACGCCAUUUCCAGCAUCAUGGAAAAUGCCUUUCAGAACCUCUCUUUUCUAACGACACUGUUGCUGGACCACAACCGCAUCUCCAGCCAAUCCCUGAACAGCUCUAUGUUCUCCUGGCUCCACAGACUGGAGACUCUCCAGCUUGGUAACAACAAUCUGAAUGACAUUGACAGCUCCUGGUUCCAAAGCUCUAGAUCUUUAAAAAUGCUUCAACUAGAGGGGAACCUCCUCACCGGCUUGAACUCCACCACCUUUGCCCACGCUGACCUGAGGAACCUGGAAACAUUGGACUUGUCCAACAACCUCAUUGUGUACUUAGGACGUGAUAGCUUCAGAGGGCUUCCUCAUCUCUGCAGGCUUGAUCUGUCCCGCAAUCAUCUACGCAGUGGUCCGGAUGCGUUCUCCUAUCUGUCUUGGCUCUCAGUGCUGAACCUUGAUUUGAACCGUUGGAGCUGUACGUGUGAGUUGAGAGAGUUGGCCUCAUUUCUCAAAAGUUACAUUCAGGCUCCUGAAAAAGUCUUGUACAAUGGGCAGAGGAUGGUGUGUGUGAAUGCAGAUAACGCAGCUGUGCAAGCUGUGCUGGAGUUGACUGAUGCCAACUGUGCCCCACCAAACAGGAAUUUAACAGUGGAGGUUGUGGCUAAAACUAAUAACACUUUUCAGCAAUAUAUUAGAAAUGUUGCUAUUGCCAUUGUAUUUUCAUUUUUGGGUGGUGUUGGGAUCACCCUGGGAAUGAUUGCCAUUGCAUACCACAAACUCAGUAAGAAAUUUCAACUGGUGCAGGAGGAAAAUAGAGUUGGGGAAAGGAAAACGUUCAGCCUGGAGUCAACCCAGUGUAAUUUCUGUGAAGGCAAGGACACUCUGUCUACAAGUCAUGCACUGUACAACAGCAACUACAAAUCCCAUCAGCCUUGGGACACAGAAGACUCUCCUUAUCUAGGAUCAGACAUGCUGGACAGUCAUUUCACCUGCCACAAGUGCAGCUCUACAGCACUUGCUGUAGAAAAGCACAAAAGAGAGAUUAUCCUGCAGAAAGCCAAUCAUGUAGGUGAACAGUUGGCUAAUCGCCAACAUGAAGGAAAUUAUCAACAUUCUGUGUUGCAACAAAAGAUCAAAGACACAAGUGGACAAAGACAUAAUGUGAGCGGGGCAGGCAUUCCAAACAUCUAUCUGGGCAGUCAGGGUACUUCUUCCCAACAUCGUGGGGGUUCAAACAAUAAAUCAGCUGUCAGAAUACGGCAGGAGGCCCUCAGUAAUAAUUUCUCAGCCCUCCAGAGUGGCACGUUCAGACCCCCAGACCAAAUCCACAAUGCAAUAACUCAAGGAAAUCAUUCACUGUUAAAACGCCAGGCUGAGGAUGUUGGUGCUCAACCGAUUUACCAAACCAUCAGCUGUUUGCACUGUCAUCAGACUUAUGCAUACAGACAAGUUGGGAGUAAUAACCAGAACUUUCCAUUUACAAAUCACUCACAGAACACAGUUCAAAAUGGAGCACAAAUGUACAAUGCCAUGCUAUACAGAGACAUCUUGGGUUAUGACAAGUCAAACGCUGGGAGACAUGGUGAGAGUCAAGUUAGUGAGCUGGGCUUUAAGUUAGCUUCUCAAAGAAGCGUUACUUUUGAUCUAGCCGAGACGGAGGAACAUGUCCUCACCACAACAGCUGACAGAAACAAAAAGGAAAGCAGGAUGAAAGAAUCUAAAACAUCUGCACAGAAAAGCCCCCAAAAGCUGGGUAAGACUAAAACCCAGAAAACCAGAGGACAAGCAAAUAAAACACUGAAAGUUAAAUUAAAUUUAAACCCCCUUCGAAAAAGCAGAGUACAUCCAAAGUCCAUUGACGAAAGAGAUAUUGUAGAAGACAAGAUGUACAAAAAGGCAAAAAAGGAAAAACUAAAAAUCAAAAAGGACAAAAAAGAUAAAUUAAAAAUUAAUAAAACUAGCAAAAAAUCAAAAGAUAACGUUGAAUGCUUAGGAAGUGAGGAAGAGGAAACCGAUACUGUGCAAGGCACCUCUAAGUCGAAACGUGCUAAAAAAGGAAACAAGGAAUCAAAGUCCAUGUCUAAGGAUACAGAUGCUGUCAUUAAAGAAAAAGGUCAAAAUUAUAUUUCUGUUCAAGGAGAAACUCUGUUAGACACUGCCUUCAACAGUAGAUCUGAACCUCAAAUGCCAUCAACACUCCCACUAAUGCUCAGUUUAGCUCUUCCAGAUGAUCACAACCGUCUAACAGCUCCAUCACACCCUGGCGUUCUGGAUGCCAGUGACACUCAGCAGCUAUUCAAUCCAAAUAUUGCACUUCCUGUGAGUGAAUCCGCUGCUCCACAAGAUGUGGUGGAUCAGUCCAGCAGUUCAGACCUGAUGAGCUCUGCAGCACCUGUCAUCCAAGAAUAUCUAUCUUCAACUGAGGGCUCACCAAAGAGGAAGUUAAGACUUAUUUUACCUGAAAAAACAACCAACAGGCCACAAACAGCACUUAAUAAGAAAAUCCGAUAA